GAUAUUGAAGUAGAGAUUCCGGUACAAUUUCAACGCACGGUUACUUUAGUUUAUUAUGUUUUCUUAACAUAUGUAUUGGCUUUGGCAGUUAAUGUCAUUGCCUCUUUUUUUUAUGUUAUUUUUGGUACUGGAUCUAUUGGCAUAUUGGUUCUUGCAAUUAUACAGAUUUUGUUGCUCUCCUCCUGUUCGUUCUUGUUCUGGUUUCGUCCUGUCUACAAAGCAUUCAGGAAUGAUAGCUCAGUCAACUUCAUGCUGUUUUUCCUCGUCCUUUUUUUUCAUUCAAUAUUCACACUGGUGCAAGCACUUGGUUUGUCGCAAUAUGCUUGUGGUUGGAUUAAUGCAAUUAAUACAUUCCACCACAGCAUAUUCGCAUCCCUGAUAAUGAUUAUAUCAGCGAUCGCAUUCACGGCAGCAUUUGUUGGAAUGGUGUUUGCAUUAUUCAGAGUCCAUCGCUUCUAUCGUGGUGCUGGUUUCAGUUUGGAUAAAGCACGCAAAGAAUUCUCUGAUGGUGUUAUGGCGGAUCGAAACGUUCAACAGGCUGUGUCAGGAGCAGCACGAGCAGCUGCAUCAGCAGCUACUACGCAGGCAAUGAGUCACGCAAUGCAAAGUGGACGAUACUAA